CAGUCCUGUUCUCUGGUCAGCCUCUCAGCAAAAUGUCUAAGGAUUAUUUUGGGUUCUCCUUAAUGAGGAGCAAUGCGAGAAAUGGCACGGCCGGCGUGGCUCUUAACAAUGCUGCAGAUAUCUCCGUUAUUGUGGUUUACUUUGUGGUUGUGAUGGCUGUUGGAGUAUGGGCUAUGGUCCGCACCAACCGAGCCACAGUCGGUGGUUUCUUCCUUGCAGGGAGGAGUAUGGUGUGGUGGCCGAUUGGAGCAUCACUGUUUGCCAGCAACAUUGGCAGUGGUCACUUUGUAGGAAUCGCUGGGACCGCUGCAGCUUCAGGAAUCGCUAUUGGUGGAUUUGAAUGGAAUGCUCUUAUUGUGGUCGUCAUUCUGGGAUGGCUCUUUGUGCCCAUCUACAUCAAAGCUGGGGUGGUCACCAUGCCUGAAUACCUGAAGAAGAGGUUUGGAGGACAGAGAAUUCGCAUCUACCUCUCUGUGCUGUCCCUCUUCCUGUAUAUUUUCACCAAGAUCUCAGCAGACAUGUUCUCUGGCGCCAUUUUUAUCAACCAAGCUCUCGGGCUGAAUAUCUACCUGGCUGUUGUCAUGCUACUUUCGAUAACAGCCCUGUACACAGUCACAGGUGGAUUGGCUGCAGUGAUCUACACGGACACCUUACAGACUAUCAUCAUGGUUGUGGGAUCAUUCAUCCUUAUGGGCUUUGCUCUCAAUGAGGUCGGAGGUUAUGAACAAUUCCAGCUGCGCUACAUGGAGGCCGUCCCUUCUGUAACAACUAACAUCAGUGCGAGCUGCUACGAGCCUCGGGCCGACUCCUUCCAUAUUUUUAGGAAUGCGAUCACAGGAGACCUGCCAUGGCCCGGCCUUGUGUUUGGACUCACCAUUCAGGCCACCUGGUACUGGUGCACAGAUCAGGUGAUUGUCCAGCGCUGUCUCUCAGCCAAGAAUUUAUCUCACGUUAAGGCAGGCUGCAUCUUGUGUGGCUACCUGAAACUGCUGCCUAUGUUUCUCAUGGUUUUCCCCGGUAUGAUCAGCAGGAUCCUUUACACUGACGAGGUGGCAUGUGUGGACCCGAUUGAAUGUCUAAGAUACUGUGAUGCCAAGGUGGGCUGCACCAACAUCGCUUAUCCUAAACUGGUGGUGGAACUCAUGCCCAAUGGUCUGCGAGGUCUCAUGCUGUCCGUGAUGAUGGCCUCUCUGAUGAGCUCACUCACCUCCAUCUUCAACAGCGCCAGUACUCUCUUCACAAUGGACAUCUACACUAAGAUCCGCAGCUCAGCCACUGAAAAGGAACUCAUGAUUGCUGGGAGUAAAACACAAUUGGGGGGUUUGUUUAUUACGAUUUCUGAUGAUGAGAGAUAUCAUACAUGCCUCACUAUCUUUGAUUGAGUGUUCAUCGUGUUCCUGAUUGGUGUGAGCAUUGCGUGGAUCCCCGUGGUGCAGGAAGCCCAGAGUGGUCAGCUCUUUGACUACAUCCAGUCCAUCACCAGCUACCUCACUCCACCUGUUGCAGCUGUCUUCAUGCUUGCCAUCUUCUGCAAACGCGUCAAUGAGUCUGGUGCAUUUUAUGGCCUCACGAUUGGCUUAGUUAUCGGCCUCUCCAGAAUGAUUGCAGAGUUUGCUUUUGGGACAGGCAGCUGCGUUGAACCCAGUACAUGUCCCACCAUCAUAUGUGGAGUCCACUACCUCUACUUCUCCAUCAUCCUGUUUGUUAUCUCCUGUAUCCUCAUCGUGGGAAUCUCUCUUGUGACCAAACCCAUCGAAGACAAGCAUUUGUAUCGACUGUGCUGGACUCUGAGGAACUGUACUGAGGAGAGGAUUGACAUUGAAAAGGAUGAUUGGAUCGACAAUCAAGAGUCCAACAAUAUGGAGAUCGAUGAGCCCAGGGAGAAUCCUGGCUGCUGCAAGAAGGUAGUGAUGAGUUUCUGCGGCCUGGAGCCGACAAAUGCGCCCACGUUGAGUGCAGAGGAGCAGGCGGAGGUGCAGCGGAAGCUCACAGACACCACAGAGAAGCCUCUAUGGAGGAACGUUGUCAACGCCAACGCCAUCAUUCUCCUUUGUGUCGCUGUUUUCUUUCAUGGUUUUUACGGUUAAAGAAACUCCAUUGACGCAAAUGCUCUUGGAUAAAUUAUAUUUAAGGGACAGGAUUUUAUAUGAUUGUAAAUUAUGAACACAUGAAUUAACUGUAACCUUGUAAAAUAAUAAUAAUGCAUUGGCAGACUUCUAUACUGGAUCAUUUUUACUGUAUGCAUGCCAUGUAUGGAAAAUGAACGUCUCAAGGACACAAUAUUUAUUUUUGUAAAAUAUGUUCCUGUCUAAAACUGUUAAAGUAUUUCACUUUACCUACUGUAGAUCUGGACAUUUUUCCAGGUUUUUCAUUUUGGAAACUUGGAAAAUUCUAAAUUGGGAAUACAAAUGCUCCUUUAUGGCUUGAUUAACGUUCUGGUUUACAUAUGAAGAGACACUGGAUUGACUGGUUUUUAUGUGUUUUUAAGUUCACAUGCUCAACAUAAUGCCAAUUUGACCUUUUUUCUCAUUUUAUGUGCUCAAAGUCUACAAAUGCUGUCACUUGUUAAAGCAUCUUACUAUAUGUUGUUUUAGGUGUUAAUGAAUAAUGAACAUCUCAGGGAAAAUGGUUGUGAACUCCAGUUUGACUCUCUUUGCUUCCCUCUCCUGGUUCAUUGAGUAGUUUGCACUUUAUUUUAUUGCACAUUCAAUUUCUGGUUAAGUCUGCUCUUAAAUAAAUUCUGAAACGUCACAUAAUAA